GAUCGUGCCACUGCACUCCAGUCUGAACAACAGAACAAGACUCCAUCUGAAAAAAAAAGGAAUUAUAUAUAAAAAUAGUUGUAUACAGAUUGGAAAAGCAGAAGGUUGCCUUAUUCACCAAAGCAAUUACAGCUAACUUGGCUUAGUCAACAAUGUCUGGAUUCCAUUUAGGGAAGUAUUCUAAGUAACGUAUUUUUUGUAAUUUUUCUGUGUACUUGGUAUGGAAGGCAGGCAGCAGUGACCCACCUGGAGUGGUUGCUGCAACAAUACUGGCUGCAGUGAGGGAGGCAUGGCCAGGGCAGCUAUUCAGCUGCAGCUGCCGAGCUAGGUGUUCCUAUACUCUCGGGGGCCCAGAAAGCCCCCUGUACACUUGCAGGCUCAAAAGUGCCUGCUCCCAUUGCCUAGCCUUUCCCCACUCCCAAUACCUGUUCCAAUUUCAGAGCAAAGUUGGGGCCAAGCCUGGGUGGUAUUGCAAACUGGCAGGGUGUGCACACACUUGGGACAGUGCUGAUAUGCCAGCCCCCUCGUGCCCCUCAGUCCCCUUUAGACUCUGAGUGCCAACAAGCACAGGAGGGAGGCCAAGGGGUGCUAAGGGUGGCUCAGUGUGGGCCUGUGGGCACCUUUUGGCACAAACAGCCUGGGCAUUGAGGAUGGCAGGUUGAUGGCAGCUGGAGGCAGACAGGCUCCUGGUUGGAAAGAGGCAGGUCUGCAGUGCAGCCCGCCUUCAGCCCUGGGACAGCCUGAAGCCUGGGGGCCGGGCUGCCAGUUCCGUGGACCAGAGUGAGAACUUGGUGCAUUUUCCAGGCCUGCCCAUGGCUGCCCAUAGACCAAUCGGCAUGUACUUCCUCUCCUGUGAAGCAAAUAAAAACCCUGGACUCAGUCAGACUCUGGCAGAUGUUGGGAUGACCUGCCAGUGGAGAGGAGCUACCCACUGUAGGUCUCAGCUGUCCACUUCAGGUCUCUGGAGAGCUGUGCUGUCGCUCAAGAAACCACCUCUUCACCUUACCCUCCAGUUGUCCACAUACUUCAUUCUUCCUGGAUGUGAGAUAAGAACUCGGGACCCACUGAAUGGCAGGACUGAAAGAGCUGUAACACAAACAGGGCUGAAACAUGCCCCCACUCACCAUGUUAUAGGCAAUAAGAAAGAGAGAAGGAGAGAAGAGCUGCCAACCUUUGUGGAGCCCAGACCUAGGAACUCCCUGAGCCAGGGAUAUACCACCCUGUUUGGGGCUCUGUUUCCUGGUAUCUCCAAGCUUCCAGGCAUCACCACCUUUGCCAGUGCCAGCAGUGGAAGCUGCUUGCAAUGUACUUGGUCCAGCCACAGCUUUGCAGGGAGCCAGCACCCAUGCUGGUGCCUGGAGCUGCUCCCCUUAGCUGAGCAUAAUGUAUGCCCCUGUAGUCCCAGCUACUUGGGAGGCUGAGGCAGGGGAAUUGCUUUAACCCAGGAGGCAGAGGUUAAAGUGAGCCAAGAUCACGCCACUGUACUCCAGCCUGGCGAUAGAGCAAGACUCUCUCUCAAAAAAUAAUAAUAAUAAUAAAUAAAUAAAGACAUCAGUUUGAAAAGAGCCCCUGUCAAAGCUUAAUAAACAUUAGCUUUCAUUCUGAUUGUUAUUAGAGAAACAGACACAUGGGUGAAAAGGCUGCCUGGCGAAUGGCACACAGUACAUUCUUAGGAUGUUAUUCAUGUCUGACUUUUCUGCUGCGAGGCAGUCAUCUCCCCCAACAUAGCGUGAGUUGUCAUGGGGGCCUAGAGGCUUCUGUGUCUGUUUUCAGCCUCCAUUGAAAGGAAAACUUAAGAACUAAUUGUCGGGCAGAGAGGGGUGUUCAGUACAAGGGGUCUUGAAAAGGUCAUGGAAAAUGCAUAUUAUGAAAAAACUAUGCAUGGAUUUCAAAGCUUUUUUGCAACAAAAUAAACCCGUACUAAGUUGUUAUAACAUGACUGAACAGUAUCUGGUUUGAGGCACUAAGAAGGGUAAGACAUCAGUUUGAGGCCUGGCACAGUGGCUCAUACCUGUAAUACCAGGACUUUGGAAAGUCAAGACAGGAAGAUGCCUUGAGCUUAGGAGUUCAAGACCAACCUGGGCAAUAUACAGAGACUACCCUGUCUCUACAAAAA